CGGCGAGUGUGAGAGACAAAAUGGCUGCCCCACCGUCGCUGGAAGACAAGUCCCUGUGGCAGGACGAAAAUGACACCCUUGGCGAAGAAGUUCUCCGCAUGUCCGCGGACGAAAUCAUCAGUCGCACGCGACUUCUCGACAACGAGAUCAAAAUCAUGCGGAGCGAGGUGAUGCGCAUCUCCCACGAACUCCAGGCCCAGAAAGAGAAGAUCAAGGAGAACAACGAGAAGAUCAAAGUGAACAAGACGCUGCCGUACCUGGUGUCGAACGUCAUCGAGCUCCUUGACGUCGACCCUCAGGAGUUGGGUGAAGAGGACGGCGCCAACGUGGACCUCGACUCCCUCCGCAAGGGCAAGUGCGCCGUCAUCAAGACCUCGACGCGACAGACCUACUUUCUGCCAGUCAUCGGCCUCGUGGACGCCGAGAAACUCCGCCCGGGAGACCUGGUCGGAGUCAACAAGGACUCCUACCUCAUCCUGGAGACGUUGCCCCAGGAGUACGACUCCCGCGUCAAGGCGAUGGAAGUCGACGAGCGUCCUACCGAGCAGUACAGCGACAUCGGAGGCCUCGACAAACAGAUUCAAGAGUUGGUAGAGGCGGUGGUGCUGCCAAUGACCCACAAGGAGAAGUUCAUCAACCUGGGUAUAAGUCCUCCCAAGGGAGUCCUCCUCUACGGUCCUCCUGGGACGGGAAAAACCUUAAUGGCCAGGGCUUGUGCCGCCCAGACCAAGUCCACCUUCCUGAAGCUGGCGGGCCCUCAACUUGUCCAGAUGUUCAUCGGAGACGGAGCCAAGCUCGUUCGGGACGCCUUCGCACUGGCCAAGGAGAAAGCGCCCGCCAUUAUUUUCAUCGACGAGUUAGACGCCAUUGGUACCAAGCGUUUCGACUCCGAAAAAGCUGGAGACAGGGAAGUCCAGCGUACCAUGCUGGAACUCCUAAACCAGCUGGACGGCUUCAGUUCCAGCGCCGACAUCAAAGUCAUUGCUGCCACCAAUCGGGUCGACAUCUUGGACCCUGCGUUGCUCAGGUCCGGACGGCUGGACAGGAAGAUCGAGUUCCCACAUCCCAACGAAGAAGCGCGCGCUCGCAUCAUGCAGAUCCACUCUCGGAAGAUGAACUUCCACAAGGACGUCAACUUUGAGGAGCUUGCCAGGUGCACGGACGACUUCAACGGGGCACAGUGCAAGGCCGUGUGCGUCGAAGCUGGCAUGAUAGCCCUGAGACGUGCUGGCGAAAAAGUCACGCACGAAGACUACAUGGACGCCAUCAUGGAAGUGCAGGCCAAGAAGAAGGCAAACCUCAACUACUAUGCAUAGACUGGGGAGGGGGCUCAGAGAUGAUGGUUGCCGUUUUGUUUUUCUGGGCUUCAUUAAAGCCACUUCUUUCAUCCUA